UCUUAAACCAAACGAUUUCUUCCAAAUCACAAUUUUCUUUUCCCCUUCUUCUCUCCAACCUAAAGCCGCCGACGAUCCUACCCAACCAUGGAGUGGGUUCGAGGAGAUGAGAUUGGACAUGGAAGUUUUGCCACCAUCAAUUUCGCCACGCCUUCCAAGACUUAUUCUGGUCAUCAAUUUCCUCCAUUGAUGGCGGUUAAAUCAUCUGGGGUUGUUUGCUCUGCCUCGCUCAAGAACGAAAAGCAAGUUUUGGAUCUUCUGGGUGAUGAUUGCCCACAAAUUAUUCGCUGUUUUGGGGAGAGUUGUAGUUACGAGAACGGUGAGGAGAUUUAUAAUUUGUUUCUCGAGUAUGCUAGUGGUGGGAGUUUAGCUGACAGAAUACAGAGCCGCGGUGGUCGGCUGCCGGAAUUUGAGGUUAGACGCUACACGAGGACGAUUCUCGAAGGCCUUCGGUAUAUUCAUGGAAAAGGAUUUGUUCACUGCGAUGUAAAGCCUAGAAAUAUUCUCGUGUUUGAUGACGGUGAUGCUAAGAUUGCGGAUUUCGGAUUGUCGAAGAAGGCGGGAAAAAAAAGAGCAGAAACAGGGGAAGAGGCAGGGAGAUUUCAAUUGAGGGGCUCUCCUCUGUACAUGUCGCCGGAAUCGGUGAAGGAUAACGAGUAUGAGUCGCCGUGUGACAUAUGGGCAGUCGGAUGUGCGGUGGUCGAGAUGUUGACAGGAAAACCCGCUUGGAAUUGCAGGCCGGAAUCCAACAUCUAUUCUCUGUUACUCAAAAUUGGGAUCGGAGAGGAAUUGCCGGAAAUUCCUAAAGAUCUGUCGGAAGAAGGGAAAGAUUUUCUCGGAAAAUGCUUGGUGAAGGAUCCUGCAAAGAGAUGGACGGCUGAUAUGCUUCUGAAGCACCCAUUUGUAGCAGACUCGGGGCGGACUGUUCCAUUGACGGCCGUGGACGAACCAUCAACGUCACCGAGAUGCCCUUUCGAUUUCGAAGAUUGGGCAUCGAUUCAUUCACAAGAGGCCGAUCAGAGAUUUGAGGAGGAAUCAAAUUGUUGGUUGAAUUCGUCGUGUUCGUGGUUGUCUUCUCCGAGGGAGAGGCUGCUUCAGCUAGUGGACAAUGGGCCAGUUGACUGGUCCGUCACGAACAAUUGGGUCACCGUCAGAUGAUUUCUAAUCACGGUUGGAUUCGGCCGUGGACGGAAAAGACGGAAGGAUAUUUUGGGGUUGAAGAAUUUUAUUUUUUUUUCGAAGAUCUUCAAUCAAAAUGAACGGUGCAGAUUCAAUUGAUUUGUUGAUUAAAUUUUGAUAUAUAUAUAUAUAUAUAAAUAGGAAAUUUGGUGGAGAUAGAUAGGUCACACGGGGUUGAGUUGAUGGAUGGAUACACCAAAUAUGGUGUGGUCCAGUGUACAUAAAAACCUAUUUUUUCGUUAAUAUUGGAAAUAAUAUAUAAUUAUUACCUUCCAAUUAAA